CAUAAGUUCUUCUUCCGGUCGCAGCUGUUCGACCGGAGGAAGGGUCGUAACGCUAGCAAACGGACCGAAGUGAGCAGCAGCGCGGCGGACGACGAUGAGUUCAACAUUACCGGGAUCAGUCAUCACCGGAUCAAGACCAGCAGCAGCACCCUUGGGACGGAGCACGUGGUCCGGAAGAACCCCCUGUACGGGAACAAGUACAAUCAAUUCUCGCUGCCAACGGCGUCGGGAACUGCCAGAAUCGUUGAACCAACGGGAACGCUGACAAGCACCAGCAACAAAAGUGUCAUUGGACAGCAGCAGCAGCAGCAACGUUCCGGAAGUCAGCUUGGGACGACCAGGAUUUCGACGGUGACGAGGCCAAGGACUACGGGAGCGGUUGGUGGUGGUAGUUCCGGGGAGUUUGGAGAGAAUGUGAACGCAAUACUAACCGAUCUUGACGAGGAGGAGCGUGAAGUGAGGAAUUGGAGGUAUCAGCUCUCGAAUGAUCACUUUUGAGAAAGGAGAGCGAUGUGGUGUUGUACAAGUUUAUUUAAUAAGUUUGUGAGUGCUUACUAGUGAUUAGGAAAAGUUGAGGUUAAUGGUUAAGUAUAUGUGUGAUUUAGGGAGUAAGUGAAUAAAGGAUAUGAAUUUACAAUAAA